AUGAAUGCAGACACCAGUAAUAAUGACAUCGUGCUCUCAGUCCAACAGGUGGCUUUCUCUGCUGCUCUGGUGGCCAGUGGUGAAGUGACCCUCGUACCCUCCAACAGAGAUGUUACUAUGAUCUUCAAACAUGUUGUCACUAACAUUGGUAACGCCUACAACCCACAAACAGGUGUUUUCACUGCACCGGUGCGAGGAGCCUACCACUUCGAGUGGCACAUUGGUGAUGUUGAGGGCCCUACAGCUGCUGCACUGGUCAAGAACUCGGAGCGUGUGUUUUCUGCAUAUGCCUCUUUGGCACCUGGUCUUUAUGGGACUUCUUCUGAGAGCGCUACGCUGCAGCUAGAUGCCGGAGAUGUUGUGUCUGUGAAUCAGUGGUCUGGGCAUAAGAUCUACGACAAUGUAAAUCACCAUGUCACCUUCAGUGGUCAUCUGCUCUUCACCAUGUGACUAGGAAACAGAUGUUAAACGUAAAAAGUUAAAAUCUUGUGUUUUCUUCUGUAUCAGGAUCAGACCUGCAUUAAAGUGCACAUAAUGAGAAACAAUGUAGGCC